AUGCAGUCCAGUGUGACGCCUUUCGGGGCGAGUUACUACUUCUCGUCGAAAAGCUUGACCGUUGAGGUCUACCAAAUCCUCGUGGACCGCGGUUGGAGAAGAUCUGGUACCAUCUUUUACAAGCCGGAUGUGCUGCGACACUGCUGUCCACAUUACACGAUUCGUCUACCCGUAGUCUCCUUCAAGCCCUCGAAGGAUCAAAGAAAAGCCGUCAACCACUGGAAUGACCAUGUGCUAGGGGAGUCUUAUAUGAAAGAGGCUUCCAGACUCUACCCGAUAUCCAAAGAGGAGAAAGCUCGGUUCAAAAACACAUUUGAUCUCACUCGUGAGAUUCACAAGACCGAAUAUGACAAUGUCAAACGACCGCCGGAGCCCGCACACCGCUUUGAGGUAACACUGGAGCCAGCAGCGUUCACGCUCGAAAAGUAUGAGUUGUUCAAAAACUACCAGCAGAACGUGCACAAAGAGAAACCCCACGAGAUCUCUCAAGCAGGCUUCAAACGGUUUCUGUGCGAUUCGCCGUUGAAGCAGACUACCAGGACCGUCGAGGGCAAAGAGCAGCUGCUCGGAUCGUACCACCAAUGCUACCGGCUUGAUGGACGGCUCAUUGCGAUGGGUAUACUCGAUCUGCUACCCCACUGCGUUAGCGGCGUCUACAUGCUCUACCAUUCCGACUAUGAACAGUGGCAGUUCGGAAAGUUGAGUGCGCUACGAGAAGCCGCGCUGGCGCUUGAGGGCGGCUAUCAGUACUACUAUAUGGGAUACUACAUCCAUUCUUGCGUCAAGAUGAAGUACAAGGGCGAUUACAAGACUCAGCAUGUUCUCGAUCCCGAAACAUACGAGUGGCACCCGCUCGAAGGCGAAAUGCGCGCUCUGCUUGAUAAGAAGCCAUAUGUCUCCAUGUCUAGGGAGCGUCGCAGGAAGGAGAUGGGCAUCGAUGGAGAGCAAGAUGAUUACUCCGAUUAUCCCUAUCCGACAGCUGCUGAGGCUGGCAAGGCUGUCAACAAGGGCGUGUCGUUGUUUGAACUCAAGGUGCCGGGCCUUAUGACUGCUGAAGAGAUUGAACAGCAACUCGACCUGGCCACGAUGCCUAUUCGCGUUGGUGGGAGGAUGGCGGAAGCUCAGGACCUGGUCUCUUGGGACGGCAGCGAGCUGAGGAAUUCAAAGUCGAUUAGGGGUGUUAUUGGUGAGAUGGUUGCGUGCAUGGGGCCAGAAGUUGCAUGGCAGGUUGUGGUGCAGUUGGGCUGA